AUGAGUGGUAAUUCACUUCCUAAAAAAAUUAAAGUUGUUGAAAAGAGUUCUGAUUUUGUAAGAGAUGAUGGUAGUAAAAGCAUCAAAUAAAUUUUAGGAGAAUUAAGAUUAUAAGAUAGGCAUAGGAGGGUAAAUUAGAGAAGGGAUCGUUACGAUUCUAAUAAUUCAAAUGGUAUUUCUCAAGAGAGAGAAAGCCAAAAAAGAGCACUUACGGAUUAUGAUUAAGAUAUUGAAUAGUUUAAAAAAGAUCUGAAAGUAGCUGAGUAAAGCAAUAAUAAAAAGGCAUAUAUAAGUGUAAAAAAUUACCUGGAAAUGCAAGAUCACUAGAUUAAGAUGAUUAAAAAUUGUAAUAAUAGUGCUCAAAUGGACAAAUUAACUUAAAUACUCAAAGAUUAAGAAGAAAUUACUCCUGAUAUGCUAAGUUUGAGUCCUUUAAAAUUUUAAAACCUCAGAAGGCAGCGUUCAUAUAUGUCUUACCAUGAUGAAAGUUAGAUGUUAAAAGGUAGUUUAAAUAAGAAUACAAGUAGAAAUAAUUUAAGUGUUUUAGAAAAAUCGCCUCCAAGUCGAUUCUCUACAAUUAACAACGAAACAAGGCCAUAUUCGAAUAUAGAAGAUAAGUAUGUUGAAUUACCUUCAAUAUAGAGUAAUAGUAUUAAUGAUAAAUAGUUUGAUUUUUCAGAAAAAGGAAUAAAAAAUGAAUAAUAGAGAAUCGAAGAACUAAAUUCUUCUAUUAUAAACGAAAGCAGCAUUCAAGAAUCUAUAUAAUCUCCAUAACACAAAGCUUAAUUAAGAGAAAAACUUAUCCCAUAAAUAGAUGAAUUUUUUAGGGGUAGAACAGCUCAAAAUUUUAUAAAAAGAGCAAGAUCUAGAAACAAUGAUUUAGGAGACAAAGUUUUAAAGAUAAAUGAUAACAAAACUAAGAUCAUGGAAAUGUACGAAUAUCAUACUAAAAAUUCUCGCUAAAUUGAAAAACUAGUAAGCGAUGAUACAGUAAAGCCUUUUCGUAAAUUUGGACAUAAGUCUGUUGAUCCUCAAAGAAAACUUUUUGAACAAAUAGAAAAUACAUUUAUGUACAACGAAGCUGGACCAUAUAACUUCUAAAUAAGUUAAAUAAGAAAAAAUGUUGAUAGCAAAAAGGAAAAGAGAUUAAAUACAGCAUUUAAUUAAAACUAAAAUACUAAGGUCUGUAAUGCUGCUUAAAACUAAAUUACAAUAAAAUAAAUUACAAGUAAAAUAUUUUAGUAGAGCAGGAAAAAAUAAAUUGAGUGCAAUUCAAUAGAAUAAAGAAAUGUCGAUCCUGUUAGGGUACAUUUUUUUUCAGUUGCCAAAGAAAUAAUACAAUAUCACUAAUAUAAAAGUAAAGGUAAUGAUAAUCUCAUGAGAUUGCUAGAAUAAAGCAUGGCUAAUAGAAAAGAAAUUAUUUUAGAUAAAUUAAAUGUGAUUAAUUCAAUAAAUGAAAUGUCUCCAUAAAACUAAGAUAAAGUUCGCUCUAUAAUGAGAAGAAAGCUUCAUAAAAGAAUUAACCUGAAUUCUAAUUAAAUAGCAAAGUUUUUAGAUAUGCUUGACUUUUUAAAAGAUUCAAACAUGGUCAUUUCUGAAAAUUUAAAAAAUGCCUUAAAAGAGCUUAGAAUUUUAUUGAUUUAAGGAAAAAUACUAAAAAACGAAACAUUUUAAUAAAUAAUUUUAUCAAAUAAUUUAUAGCUAAAUGAUAUACAAGUAGAGUUAAUUGAAAAACAUUUAAUAAACUCAACAAAAGUAUGA